AAUCUCAUGGCUAAACGCCGCCGUAGGAAAUAUCUCAAUGAUUGCUUCUCUCUUCUUCGUUCCAUCAUCCCCAAAAUCACCAAGAUGGAUAAAACAUCAAUAUUGGGGGACACAAUUGAUUACAUGAAGGAGCUUUUGGAAAGGAUCAAGAAUCUGAGUGAAGAGAUGGCACAAUUUGGAUUUGAUAACUCUAAAUUGCUCAACAUUUUCAAGGAGAUGAACUCUGAUGAUGUCUCAGUCAAGAACUCACCUCCUAAGUUUGAUGUGGAGAGAAGGGAUGAUACAAGGAUAAAGCUUUGCUGCACUGGGGAACUUGGCUUGUUGUUGUCUACUUUGGAUAGUUUGGAGGUUUUGGGCCUUGAGAUUCAGCAGUGUGUCAUUUCCUGUUUCAAUGAUUUUGGACUGCAAGAAUAUUGCUAUGAGGAUGUGGAGAAGAGGUCAGGGAUGGCAUGUGAGGAGAUCAAGCAAGCAUUGUUCAGGAGUGCUGGUUAUGGUGGAAAGGGCUUGUAACAAGAAACAUGAGCA